AUAUAACCCAAUUGAAAAUUCUAGAACGAGGCAUUGGCUUAGCGACAGCCAUUUUGCAAGUAUCGACACAUACAAUAUGGGCACAUUACGUCGAUUUGGAGUUUUCGGACUUCUUUGUUUCUUUCAUUUAGCAGCCAGUAAUCCUUCUAAUGUAAAGGCUGAUCCAUACAUAUCUGCUUCCCCGGCCACAAUUCGGCUUGGUCUAACCCAGAGCCUCAGUGUUCGAUGUGAUAUCCCAUCAGGGUGGGGGUCCAUCGACUCAGUCAUCCUCUCACAAGUCGACGGCAAAGCGGUACAUCCUCUGGCAGAGAUUACACCCACCAUUGGCGUUAUCAGCACCCUAGCAGCUGAAGACGCUAAAGUCACUGGAGCUUUGAGCCCCGCAGGGAACUACCUCCAAGUGACGUGGAGUUUUCCUCAGGUAGCGACGUCAGGAGUGUACUCCUGUGAAGGCGUUGGGACAAACUCUCUUGGGAAGAGCGUGUCGUUUUCCGUGCAAGUCCGCGUCUCGACAGAAUACGCAAGCCAGCCUGAAUACGUUAAUGAGAUAAUCACCUUACACAAACAACAACAACAAACGGCACAGCUUUUAGCGGAUGCGUAUGCGGCAGGUAAUGCAACGCAACGUUUGUUAGAUAAAGCCGCGAGAAGAAUUCGACAGAUUAAUGACAACUGCGAGCCUGUAGUUGGGACUGGAUGCAGCGAUCCAAGCCUCCCUGUAGGUCAACACGUGAUAACCGUAACACCAAACGACGGCCUCGGCGGUAUCAAAGUUCUGUGUGACGUCAGAGUUCCAGGAGAUGGGUGGACCGUAUUCCAGAAAAGAUUUAACGGAAGCGUCGACUUUUAUGAAGAUUACGCAGCGUACGAGAACGGUUUCGGGAACGUCGAUGGAGGAGAGUUCUGGCUGGGGUUGAAGAAUAUCCGCCGUCUGCUGUUGGAGAAUAACGACGAGAACACGCUCCGGAUUGAUAUGACGGAGCAAGGUACCGGGUUCAACUUCACUAGAGUCUACCCCGUCUUUAUGCUGGGAGACGAGAGCGGAUCUUAUACUCUGUUCUUGGACGGAUACGACGACGGCGGCACCGGUAUGUCCGCCAACUCCGGCGCCAGAUUCUCAACAUACGACAAAGACACGUCCGGAGGUUGUCCGUCUUCGCUGCGUAUCGCCGGCUGGUGGUUCGAAACCGGAUGUGGCUACGUCAACCUGAACGGGUUGUACGGACUUUCAGGCGGGGAGGCGUCGAUGUUCUGGUACGAAAUUUACAACCACCCCCGUCACUCUAUGAGCAGGACGGAGAUGAAAUUCAAGCGUCGCCAAGUGCCCACUGUCCACUUUUAGACAGUAGUUGUAUUUCUUAAUUAAAAGUUCUUGUAUCACA